AUGGCAGAUGCAAGCGACUCCCAGCACGCCGUCCAGGCGCUGCUCUCGCAGUGGGCGGCGUGCGGCCGCCUCUCGUACAAGUUCCACGUGACGGCUGUCGCCAGCGGCAAAGACUCAAUGUCUCGCAUGAUGGCCACCUUCAGCAAGCCCACGACCGAGAUGCCCGCCCCCGAAGCAGUGGCGCGGCUCUGCUUCCAUCUGAGCGCCGACCACCAGCGAGUGCGGGGGUUCACUGUGGAGCAGGACACGCACUUCCACGACCUCGAGGCCGUCAACUUCGACGAAGCGGUGCUUGACCGCGUGCUGCGACGCAAACUGCAGUUGCGAGCAGCUCAGCUCGUGGAUCUCAGCGACGAGUUUGCCUCAACUCGCGUGCCUUCGGUCAUGCGCGCCCGUGAGGUGGAGCAACGCGAGCAUGAGCGCGAGGCCAUGGAGGAGUAUCUUCUGGAGCAAAUGCAACACAGCGACUCGUACAACGACGGCAAACUGCUGGUCGAGGUCUUCCGCGAGACUGUGGACGCGUUAGAACUCAAUCCGCGGGUUGCGCCACGCGAAGUGCUGCUCGCUCUUGCCGCUUCCGACCGAGACGAUAUGGUGGCGUAUGGAGACCUUGUGGCUGUCGCCGCAGACAUGAUCGAUACGAUGAGUGGGGACGGCAGUGCAAGCAAUAUAGACCAGAUGACAGUCGGCACUGAAGAGGAUGACGAAGCUCUGGACGCAUUUGAGGUGGUGUCAGCCCGUCAGACUCACUACACUGUGGAAAAACUGGUGGCUCUGCUCGAAGCGCACGCAGAACGUGCAGCAGAGGCUGCCAACGCCAUGGCUGCUCGUCGCGCCGCUGCCGAGAUGGAAGCACAACAAGACAUGACCAUCGGGGUUCUGGAGGAGACUAAAGAGGGCGAAAAUGAAGAAGAGGAUGAGGAUGAAGAAGAAGAAGUUUCUCCGGAGGCGGCACCUACUGCUGAUGAUACGUCUCCUGCUGCUGCUGCUGCUGCUGCUGAAGAGGAUGCUGAGAUGCGUUCAACAUCCCGCCGACGGUCGUCCACUGGUCGUCGUGGCUCGUCAGCGAAACAGCAUCCACGAAUGACUCGCCACCAGUUACGAGGAGUUCUGGAGACGCCACAGCUCCUCCUCAGCGAAGCCGAGAUCAACCUCACACUAGCUCUCGCUGAGACCAAAACCAACGCAAAUGGCAUUGAGGAAGUGCUCUGCGAGAAACUCGGACCGCUAUUACGACGUGUACGCCGAAUGAUCUUUCGAUUCCAGCGCAGAGGCUUUCUUGAUCGCAUGGAAAAGUACUUGCUGCACCAAUUCCAGGCCUUCGAGAAGCGGAACCUGCAAGGUGCGUCGACGCACCUAAAGCAACGCCUAACGCAGAAGGAGGUGAAAGCAGCUCUGAAGGGGAUGCAAAAGCUGCUCUUGUCGCCGUAUCAAAUCAUGCAGCUUGUCGCGCUGACCGAAGAGCGCGCUGGUUCACCCGAUCACUUGGUCUACUACCAAAAAAUCAUCCCUCAACUAGCGAAGUAUAUGCGCGAGCUGGUGGACGUGGCCACUCUGUCCGAGAAAUCCGCACUGCUUCAUGAGAUGGGCGUUUGGGACUUCACUUCGGUAGGGCUUCCGAGCGAAAAUGUUGUUCGUCAAGCCAGCUACGACUGCUUCGAGAGCUUUGACCACGGGCAUUUGGGCGUCAUCUCGGUUGACGAUUUUCAUGAAGCCCUCAAGCAGCUCGCUCAAACCCAUGGGUUUCCUGUCGGGACGAUGACGGAAAUGAAGCAGCUCAGUGUGCUGGCCGACCCAAACGGUAACGGCCGAGUGAACUAUGCCUUCUUCCAGCACUUGAUGUACCCGCUGCUGCUGUUUCUCCUUCAGGAGACGGAAGUGGCUGCAGGACGAGAGGGUACUCGAACGCGGCACAAUGAAGUGCUUAAGAGCGCGUAA